AUGGCGCCAACAAUAGCUACCCAAGACAACGACGGCGUACGGUCCGAAUUGGAACGCGAGGAGCAGCUCGACCUCGUCGAUCCACUACGACACUUCCUCGCCAUCGAAGACGAUGACGAUGAUGGCGCCGCACCCGCGAACACCACCUCCUCCUCUGGCGUCGACGUCCGAGACCUUCCUAGCAAAAAUGACUACAGCAUCGUCCCGCAACAGAUCGAGAGCAUCAUCGACCGACGCACCACCAUCCGCUACUACCGCGAUCUCUCCAGGCGGCCGAUCUUGCUCGACGACCAGCAUCAACCCACCGAGGACGGAGAGCAUUGGGACGUGCAUCUGAAGCUCGACAUGACGACGGGAUGUGGCGGUAAGAUCUGGCCUGCCGCUGAAGUGCUGGGUGCAUACAUAGCUGCCAAGUACUCUUCCCCGCCCGAGCAGAGUGCAGGGCAAACGGCGGAAGGAUACAACAACCACGACUUUGACUGGCGCAACAAACGCAUCAUCGAGCUCGGUUCCGGCACCGGUCUCGUGGGCUACCUCGUGCACGCCCUCCAACUGUCCAACUGCCAAGUAUGGGUCACGGACCAAGACGUCAUGCUCCCCCUCAUGCGCGAUAACCUCGUCCUUAACUUCCCCGCCACCGACCUCUCAGACGCCUCGCAAUCCACACGCUCCGACGGUUCGCUCAUCCGCGUCUCCGAACUCGACUGGGGCCACCCUGUCCCGCUGGCCCACUUCGGCGGCGCGCUCCCCCACGUGCUCCUCCUCGCAGACUGCGUCUACCUCGAAUCGGCCUUCCAGCCGCUCAUCGAUACCAUGGUGGAGCUCUCGACGACCGAAACCGAGAUCCUGUUCUGCUACCAGAAGCGGAGGAAGGCGGACAAGCGCUUCUUCGCCUUGUUGAAGCGUCAGUUUGUUUUCGAGGAUGUCAAGGACGACGAUGAGGCGAGGAUGCGCGAGUACAGGAGGCAGGGCACGCAGUUGUUGAGAAUCAGGAAAAAGUGA